AUUGUUUUCAAUUAAUUUGUUCUUUAGAAUACAAGCCUCAGCUAUGAAUGGAAAACAGCUUCUGUUUCUGGCAGAAAGUGUCUCUGAGAUGCUGAAAAACCUCCAUUCUAUCUGUUAUUGGUUGAAACACGAGUACUUUUACUUAGCCUUGAUCCAAUGUGAGACAAAGGUUGAAAAACUUCUCUACCUUGAGGUUAAUUUCACAUGUUGAUCUUUCUAAAUACAUUGUUCUUAUGUUGCACUUUAAUACGUUAAGUGGUGGCUAUUACAAGGAAGCAAUGUGGUUUUUUUAGUUGCUUAUCCAUAAAACCCUGGAAGUCACUUCGUACACUUGAAAAUGAACUCAUAGAAUGACAAAACUCAGAUUUAGAGAUCCUAAAUUACAUAUUUUUAAUUAGCUUUAAUUCCAUUGGUACAAAACGUGAAUAAUGAUAAAAAAAUAUACAAAUUUAAAGGAUAAGCAAAUGUGAGAUUUAGCUUUGGAUGUGUAGAGAUCAGGUCUGGUCUUUUGGAAAUGAUUAAUGAAAGAUCACAUUCGAACUGUUUCUUACUUUUUCUGUCAAAUCUAAUUUUGUAGGUUGUUAGGCUUUUUUCACUGUUGAGUUUGAGACAGAGUUUUGGAGUUUUGGGUCCUUAUGAGUUAUGACAUUGAAGGACAUUUUAUGUUAUGAUAUUUAAGGGUUAUCUCUACCUUACGAAAAUUUCUGCCUUUACAUAUGGGCUGUUUUAUGUCUAUUGUAUUGCAUUGAUAGUUUGCGAUAGUAUCAUUACGGACGUGUUUAAUCUUCUUUCAUUUUGCUUAGGUGAAGCUAAUAUACCUUGGAAUUUCCAGAUCUAGAUAGCAUUUUUGGGUUUCUUUUAAUUUAUUUUAUUAUCAAAAGGGUUUUCUGAAAAGUGUUUGUCAUGUGCUUCCUUUUUUGGCUAGAAUUUAUUGUGUGCUUCCUUGAAUCCCAUAUUUUGCAUUUGGUUUGUUUUUAAUUUAUUUUAGAUUUCCAUUCGAAUUCUACUAUUUGGAUAGUUUAUUGAUUUGAUUUGAUUCCGUUUUGAAUUACAGUCUAGAGUGUUGUUUUGGAUAAAAAAAUGGUGGUUUCUACCCUGAUCACACCUAGACAGGUACUAUUUAAUUACGAGUUUAGAGUGUAAUUCUGUUUUUCUGUAAUGCUGACUUGAUGCUUAAUGAGUUGUCUAGUGGAUUCAUUUUAGUAGUU